AUGGAAGUCUGCCACAAUCCCGAAAACUCUGUUUUGCUCUCAUUUUCAUUACCGUCUAGUAAUAAUGCUGAGUCUCACGACCAAGAUUUGACAAUGCCAGGGAUUGGAGGACAUAGCAUGGUGGUUCUUCGCGGCUUGAUUCUAUACAUUGUUUGUAGAAAGGCGUGUAUCUAUAAUCCCACCACCAGACAAAACAUAACUUUACCAACCGUCAAAUCCAACAUCUUUGCUCAAAAAGGAUUUGAAAAGUUUGUUAACUACUUUCUCGGACACGAUCCUAUUCUUGAUCAAUACAAAGUAGUAUGCGUUGUCGCGAUAUACACGAAAUAUCUCGAGACAGUAACCUCAGAGUAUUGGGUCUUAGUACUGGAAGCCAGAGGGUUGUGCAUCAACGGAGUUAUAUAUUAUUUUGCUGCUGCUUGUUUACCUGGCGAUAUUGCUGUAAGUUAUAUUGUUAGUUUUGACGUUAGGUCAGAAGAGUUCAUUAUGAUCCAAGCUCCUCAUGAUGUGACUAAAGUUGCUAAGUCUGUGGGAUUUAUAGAGUAUGGUGGAAGACCAGCUAUUCUUGAUUAUACCAAUCUUGUACAAAAAGGUUUGGUGGACUUAUGGGUCGUGGAAGAUGGUGGAAAAUGGUCGAAGAAAUCUCUGGUCUUGCAGCCUUGUCAGAUGCAUUUAGUCGAUAACAAUAUUUCAUUUAAGGUGGAAGGUGCAACACGAAACGGCAAGAGACUGUUGCAAGGCAAGAUUGCUCAGUUUGAUGAUGAAGGGACGAUCAAUGUUUUUAAUCCCAAUGCUCACUACGCCAAGGCACAUGCUCGUGGAGAUGAUAUCUUAUCCUGGUUAACCGAUAACUCUUCAAGAGAUGAGACUUUUCGUUUUCCCAGACCUAUCAGGGUACACAAUCUUGAUAUUUGGGUGGCUGUUCUGAGAGCCAUUCAGUUCACGUGUAGGACUUUGRGAGCCAAAUAUCAAAAGAAACUCAAGCUCCUAUGUUUCAAUUUUGUUCUUAACAAAGUCAAGAGCUUAUGUGUACUCGAAAAUGAAAGGAGAAGGARUAWUCMGGAAGAUCAACGGACCUUAUAUGCUACUCUUAUAUGCGGUAAAUACGAAAAGCUUUCAGCCAGGGAUUCUCUCGGGACAAGAAUAGACUUGUCUAUAGUACGACAGGUUCUGGAAGCAGCAUCUGUUCUGACAUUUGAUAUCCCCGAUUUAAAAGAUUCCCUGAAAGUUAUACGUGAGAAUAACAAUGUCACUGAUGAUUCAGUGUUGAGUUCCAUAGAAMACCUGAAAACAGUGGUCACCAACAAGAUCCCCUAYAAGGUUCCUCGAAUGGAUUCAAAGAUUUUGCUGAUUGAAAAGUCAAGGAUUAAUUUGCUGAACUGCCUCAYCAGACUUUCUGUUUUUGACUAUCGCUCUUACAUCCUUGGACCGCUGAAAGAAUUCUUGCUGUUGUAUGAAGAAAUGGUCUUCAUGGUGCAACAGAAAACUUCAAAGAGCAUAUCUAGUCCCCUUGAUAAGACUGUUGAACAGUCCAGUGAACUGGAAGAUACUGUUUCAAGUGAAAGAAGUCAAUUGGARAUUUCAUCCAACACUGACAAUCAAGAGGAAGCUUCUCAAUUGACAGAUGUGCCUGGAGAAAAUUCACAGUCGAAACAUUUGGAGUCACCACAUGGAGCAGCUGCAACGAGAUGCAAUUCAGCUCUUGAGAUGACGCUGAAGGCCCUUUGUAACAUUAAGGCUCUUAAAGACUAUUUGGUGGAAAAUAGGGAUCAGUUUCCUGACAACCUUGAAGAACAAGUUCCUUUUGCGAUUCAAAAUUACUUUAUUGCUUUUGUCUCGGAGGAGUUAAAAGAAGAGGGAGUCCACACAGUCCUCGUGGAAAGCUUACUUGCUUCCCUAGAGUCAAGAAAUGCUUCUGAGCUACUCGUAUCCAUCCUUGAGUUUUGGCCUUGCUGGAAAAAUCCAGAAAUAGAAAGCGUUGUAACUCRUCUUUUUACUCUUAAAGAAUAUGAAAGAAUGAGUUGUAUCAAAUGCGGGAAGRAGCCAAAUUAUCCAGAGCAAAGUUCUUAUGGCAUGGUUAUGGCUGCMGAUUCAAUCAGAGACCUGAAGUGUACUUUUGGGAAUAGAAAGUUCGAGGACAUUCUUAAGCUGAUCCGCUUGGAAGAUAAAAUGUUAUGUGACUGUGGAAAGGCAAACUUUGUUCAUCGCAUUUUAAGUACAAUUUCGCCUAUUUUCACAAUCAUGUUGGAAUGGGUGAAGAAUGAAACUGACGAGGAAGUAUCUGAAACAACAAAGGCUUUGGACUGGGAGAUAGAUAUCAGCAAGAUAUACGAAGGCUUAAAACCAAACAUCAAAUACCGGCUUGUGUCAAUGGUUGGYUAUGGUAAAGAAGAAGAAGAUUACAUUUGCCUAGCUUAUAAAACGGAUCGGUGGUGCAGUCUUGGAAAUGAAGCUUCAUCAGAAGAGGAUGUUGGUAACUGGAAGAGUGUGGUCAGAUUCUGYGAGGAUAGGAAGGUUCGGCCAGAGAUUCUGUUUUAUGAAGCUGUCUGGUGGAUGGCCUAA